GCUAUCCCCCCACUAGUCUGUCUGUAUGGAAAUGUUGCUUUUCAGUACCUGGGUCCUGAUGGCUUUCUUGACCCUGCUCUCCUCUCCAGUAGCAGGAGAGGAGCUAUUUGAGGUGAGCAUGUGGCCAGAGUGGCCUGUGGUUGAGGCUGGCAAGGACCUGUGGAUCAACUGUAGCACCAACUGUACACACCCUGGUAAAGGAGGCAUUGAGACCCGUAACGUAAAAGUGACCAUGCAGAAAGAAGGGACUCACUGGAAGAUGUUUCACUUAUCAAACCUCUCGCAGAAUACCAACAUCUUUUGUUACUUCAUCUGCUCUAAUAUUCAAAAGAAGAAGUCUGUCAAUGUCAUCAUAUACCGGCCACCAGAGCAGGUGACAUUGAGCCUACAGCCUGCUUGGGUGAUUGUGGGUGAGAAUUUCACCUUGACAUGCCAUGUGCCUAAUGUGGUCCCGCUGGAGAACCUCACACUCACUCUGCUCCAGGGCGCUGAAGAGCUAUACCGCCAGACCUUUGUGACUGUGUCUACUGCUCUGCAGGAUGCCUGGCUCACUCUCAAUGUCACAGCUCGAAGGGAAGAUAGUAGGAGUAACUUCUCUUGCCACGCGGAGCUGGACCUCAGGCCACAUAGCAAGCAGUUCUUUGCCAGCUCAGAGCCCAAGAUGCUGGAGAUACUUGAACCCUCCUGGAACAACCAGAUGCUUGUCACCAUCAUCAUCACGAUUCUGCUGCUGCUGGUGUUUGUGAUCUCAGUCAUCCUAUGUUUUGCUUACGGGCAACACUGGCGUCAAAACCGAACAGGGGGAUAUGGGGUACUUGCUGCCUGGAGGAACCACAGAAUCAGAUGGUCAUGAUCCAGAGUGACUACAAGGACCCAAGGGGUGGGGGAUGCCUUUGCUGUCAUGGGUCAUCUAUAACCUCUACAUAGCUUAGUGAGUGGUUAGAAACAAAAGGAUGUGUGUGUGUAUGUGUGUAUGUGUGUGAUGGGAAUGGUCUAUCUUUCCCAGAAAGGCCUUGGGAAAAGAUAUUCUGUUGACCUUCAUCCGAAUGCCAAGUCUUAACAAUGGCUUGUUUUCUUUAGAAAUCAAAAUCUACGCACAGGACAUAGAAACAUACUCUUUGGAUUUAACUCUCCUCUCCUUAGCUGCCCAGAGUAAACCCUCCUAUCAUUCCCCAUCCCUGCCCCCACCAUCUCCAUAAUUCUCCCCCUCCAUGACUCCAUGAAUGAUAAAUCAUUAUAGAAGAUCUUCCAUAUUAUAGUGUAAGCCCAGCUUUUCUUCCUUCCCCCCAUCCCCCAGCUCCUGCAAAAUCUUUUCGGCUUGGAAUAAAGAAUCAGACAUUCCUCUAAACCUUCAAUAAGAAUGAACCUCUCAGACAUUCCUCUCUGGUUGAUAGGCCCAAACAAAGAGUUGAAUACACUUCCACUAGGAGACAGAUAGGU